UACCUUUUCACCCGAGUCAGUGUUUACAUACCGUAUCAAAAAGAUAGAAUCCCAUUACAAGUGGUCUCUACCGUCGACAGCAUUGUUCUCAUCGAGCAACUAGAAUGUCACCCACGGAAGUAGAAUUCCACAUAAUGUGUACACGUUCCAGUGAACGCGAUUAACAGCCUCAAAUUGACACGUAUAUUGGAUUACACCUUUACCUCUUUCACUCGAACGACGCACGCAGAGUGACAGCGGAGAAAUGCGGCUGUGAGAGGGUCUUGGAGACAGACUAAUGUAAUAGGUAUCACAUUGGCUGCGGUGGAUAUGCACUGAUUGCAUGCAGAGGCCGUUUAACGGGAUUCUGCUAUUAAAUAUAUAAUGGUGUACCGACAAUGCCUAAAGUACCUAAGACACGUCAAACAGAAGAAGCACCAAGUGGUCAGAAUUCAAUGUAACCCUGUCAAGCGGCUGUUUCUAUGGUUACGGGCGAGGUCACGAAAGAUAUUCGCAGUGUUAUGCAUUUUCACACUCUUUUACCUACAUUUUACAGUCUUACCACGAUCCAUGGGGUACUACAACAACCGAUGUUACCUCAGUCGAGAGGAGAUCAACAACAUGAAGUACCUCCUUACCCAAGUCAGUGCUGCUUUCAAUAGGCAAAACGUGACGUACUGGUUGGACUUUGGUACGCUGUUGGGGGUCUGGAAAACAGGGGAGAUAAUUCGAUAUGACGGAGAUAUAGAUAUUGGUAGACAUUUCACAGGAACCACAGCCGACGCACACAUGAUUCAAGAGACACGGAAACUACUGAAUCAAUUCAAUGUAACAAUUGACGAUUUUCAAGCCAAAUAUAAAGGCAGCGUAGCAGAUUUAUUUAGAUGGGAGACAUAUGGAAACGUCAGCACAAAGAUGCUAAGAAAGUGGUAUCCGUUUGUCGAACACUUUGGCAUUGUUGAAAGAAUAGCCAAUUACCUCAUGCCUUCCGAGAUACCUUAUGACGUCAUAUUUCCAACAAGGGAGCUAACUGUAUAUGGCGAAAAGAUGAAGAUUCCUAACAAACCACUAGACUUGCUCAAGAUUCGCUAUCCAUUAACAUGGUUUAUAUCGUUUCCCUAUAAAUGGAAAUGUUUGUUUGCGUCAAAGCCACCUAGCUGAUAAUUGCAUGUUAAGUGAGUGAGUGAGUGAGUUGGGUUUAACGCUGCUUUUAACAGUAUUCCAGUUAUAUCGCGGCGUGUCUAUUCAAUUCGUCCGGAUUAUCAGAUGUGUGUUUUUACGUUAGUGAAAGAAGAGGACAAACGGUGAUGUAUUUCUAAAUCUACGCAACAUAUUUGUACAAACUACAUGUAAUGUAUCACAUUUCCUAUUUUCUGUCAUAAAUAUUUUUAAUGCAGGGGAAGGAAUCUCAAAGUUAUUUUUUUGAAUAAAUCAUACUCGCAUAAAGGAAA